CACUGUUGUACGUAUUGAAAAACCCAACGACCGUGUUGUGCGUUUUUGCGCUGAAACUUGAACUCCAUUACUUGUAUGUUUCCUCUUCAAGCGUGAAGUCCAUUGAUUUCAGAAGCAAUAUUCAACAUAUGAAUGAAAGGACCUGCAUAAAGAAAAGCAAACUGGUGAAUUAAACAAGAAAACAAUAGUGACUGAGAACUACGCAAGAACUAUAUAUGAAUUAUAUAGUUUGAAGAGUACCAGUUUGUACUGUAUGUAGUUUGUAUACAUAAAAAAUAAAACAUUGUUAGCUACAGCUAUAUUUGCAAUAGCAAAGAUGAGUAUGACACGAGAAUGCCAAGAAAGUGAGCGGAGCUUUGAUAAUUCACGUCCACUUAAAGGAAUGCCACCAUGUUCGAAAGAAAUAUCAUACCAACCCAAUAUUGGUGGCAGUUGGUUAAACAACAGUCCCACCACCAAUUCAGGAAUGAGCACACAUACCGUGGAAAAACCAUCCCAGCGAAAAGAUGGUUGCCUGUCUGUGCCGGGGAAUGUUGUCAUCAAAAUUGAGCCGCAGGUGCUUGCAAAUCAACAGUGUGAUAAAAUUGUCACCCCUAACGUAUUUGUGGCAUCAGAUACAUCAAGACCUGAAGUUGGACAGAGUUUUGGAGGGAAUUUUGACACCCAGACGCACACCAAUAAAAACGUAUUACACAAUAAUUUGGGUCAUCAAUUCGUUGGUCACAAUAUACUGACUACCAGUAAAAAUGACCCAGGAACGUGUGCAGAAGAAAGACCUUGCCAACACAACACUGUUUAUCCACAGAAUAUUUUCACCAAUUCUGAAUUGGUCACACAUACUAUAGGGAGUUCAUCAAUCCAGAACAAUGAUUCCCAAUCAUCUCUAAGGAAGGUACACAUUAUCACAAGUGUUGUCACCAAUAAUGGUGAUGACCAGGACCUUGAAAAAAAUGAAAAAAAAUUUGUUGACAUAGGAAUACAAACUGAAGAAGACAUCCGAUGUUGUAAUAAUGAAUUACAUGGUUUCCAAAAAGAAGACAGAAUCUUACAAUCAAAAGAUAAAGCAAACACAAGUUCUUAUUUAGAAUCAAUUGCUGACGAAAAAUGUAAUGAUAAUGUAUUGUUUUGUGAAGUCAUACAAAGCCACACUUCUCAGCAAAAAGAAACAAGUGUCGGUAUUCCAGUAGGUUCAACUGAUGCAGAAAAUGUUGUUCAGCAUCAACAAGUCUUUAUGGAUGUUGAAAUCAAACAAGAGAGCAGUACAUGUUCCGAAGAAGAAACAAUCACAGGUGUGAUCGUAGAUUCAGAUGGUACAGAAACAUUUGGUCAGCAUGAAGAUGCCUUUCUUGGAUUUGAAAACAGACAAGACCACAUUCAAUAUUCCAUUGAGCAAUCAAGCAUGAAUCUUCCUGCAUGUUCAACAGACGCAGAAAGACUAGAUCACUUUCAUGAUUAUGCUCAGAGUUUUGCAGAAAAUCCUACACUGACCUGGACUCGACGGAAAACUCACCGACCUCAGAAGUAUGACGGGGGUGGUUGCAAGGGUAGUUGUUGCUGCGUGGAUGAUCAGUCACCCUACCUAAAAAAUAGUAUGAUGAUUGGCCCCCUUAGAGAGUUUGAAUGCCCAGAUUGUGGUAAGGUUGUAUCAAACAAAGGCAGUUUAGUGUCUCAUAGAAAAACGCACUUAAGUGACAAACCAUUUGUAUGUACGGAAUGCGACAAAAGAUUUGCAAACAGAUGUUUCUUGAUCACACAUGUGAGAUCACAUGCUUGUGAGAAAAGACACAUGUGUAACGAGUGCGGAAGGUCAUUCACUACACCAAAAUUGCUCGCUGAGCACAAAGUAAUCCAUACUGGUGAGAAACCUAUGCAAUGCAAACAGUGUGGUUACGUGUGUGCAAUGAAAAAACGGUUAUACCAACACAUGCAAACUCACAGAACUGAUAAAAAUUUUGAGUGCGGUGACUGCCACAAGAAAUUCACACUUAAAAGCAGUCUGAAGAAACAUAUGCGGGUACAUACAGGGGAAAAACCAUUUCGCUGUCCUGAAUGCGAUAGAACUUUCUCAUGGACAGACAAUCUUGUGAAACACAGGCGAAUACACACUGGAGAGAAACCGUACCAAUGUGACCGCUGCGGAAAUUGUUACUCACAAAAAACUGGGCUGGAUUCACAUAUGAAGACUCACAUAAAAGAAGAUCUGACAAAAAAGCUAUAGUUACCAUGGUAUAACUAAUUAGAUUACUUUGCUGGUACGAAUGAAAUUGUAAUUUGUUAGUAGGAAAACUAAUAAAAAAGCUAGAAUUGAACAUGGUAUAAUCAAAGCCAUGUGCUUAGCGCUGCAACAUAGCAGUUAGGAAAAACUGUAAUUGUGUUCAUGCAAUAACAAAGCAUUUUUUUGAUUAACAAAACCAUUCUGAAAAACAAACACAUGAGCAUGAAUGUGCCUGAAAAUGUAGUUUAUGAAUAGUUUUCCCGAUUAGAGACUUCAGAUACUGUAACCACUUUAAAAAAAAAGCGUUUAAUAAAAUGUUCAUCCAAGUUGUUCAUUAAUCUUGAA